AACAAUGAUAAUAAAAAUAUCAACGAAGAAGUGAUUGAAAAUAACAAUAACAGCAUUAAUGAAGAAGAUGAUGGUGACGAGAAAGAUAAAAAGAAAAUCACAAUGAUAAAUUCUUUACUACCAUCAUCUUCAGGCACAUCGGUUAAAUCAUCAAAAAAAAAUAAUUCGCUUAAUUACCCGACUCCGGUCACUAACAGUAAUAGUAACAUUAGAACAAUUAAUGGUGGGAUAGAACAGGUUCGCGGUGAAAACAACAAACUUUUUGACGAGAAUGAAAAACUUUCUGAGGAAAAUAACAA